AUGAACCGGCCAAUCCAGGUGAAGCCAGCUGACAGCGAGGGGAGAGGAGAGGACAGGAAGUUGUUUGUGGGCAUGCUGGGUAAGCAGCAGAGCGACGAGGACGUCAGGAGGCUGUUUGAGCCCUUCGGCAGCAUAGACGAGUGUACUGUUCUAAGAGGGCCUGACGGCACCAGUAAAGGGUGUGCGUUUGUUAAGUUCCAGGGACACGCUGAAGCCCAGGCUGCCAUCAACAGCUUGCACGGGAGCCGCACACUGCCUGGCGCGUCGUCCAGUCUGGUGGUGAAGUUUGCUGACACGGAGAAGGAGCGGGGGCUGAGGAGGAUGCAGCAGGUGGCCUCCCAGCUCGGCAUCUUCAGCCCCAUGACUCUCAACUUCCCCGCCUAUAACGCCUACACACAGGCCUUGGUCCAGCAGCAGGCCUUGGUCGCCCAGUCAGCGUACUUGUCUCCCGUGGCAACAGUUGCUGCGGUACAGAUGCAGCAGAUGGCAGCGCUCAACGCCAACGGAAUCAUCGCCACACCCAUUACGCCCAUCACACCGUCCUCGGGGACGAACACCCCGCCCACUAUUGCAGCGACGCCUGUGCCAGCACUCCCUCCGCCAAUAGGAGUCAACGGUUACAGCAGCGUUGCCGCCGCCACCAACGGACAGCAAGCGACAGAAGCGCUCUACACCAACGGCGUUCACCCAUAUCAAGCCCAGAGUCCAGCAGCUGCCCUGGACCCCCUCCAGCAGGCCUACGCAGGCAUGCAGCACUACACAGCGGCGUACCCUACUGCCUAUGGGCUGGUUGGGCAGCCCUUCCCACAGCAGCCAACCCUCGUUGCCCAGCAACACCAGCAGCCCCAGCAACAGCAGCAGAGAGAAGGUCCGGAGGGCUGUAACAUCUUUAUCUACCACCUGCCUCAGGAGUUCAGUGACUCCGAGAUGCUGCAGAUGUUCCUGCCCUUCGGAAACGUCAUCUCGGCCAAGGUGUUUGUUGACCGCGCCACCAACCAGAGCAAGUGCUUCGGCUUUGUGAGUUUUGACAACCCCGCCAGCGCUCAGACUGCCAUCCAGGCCAUGAAUGGCUUCCAGAUCGGCAUGAAGAGGCUGAAAGUGCAGCUCAAACGGCCCAAAGAUGCCAACCGCCCAUAUUGA